UCCCGCCCAAUGCUCUAGAUACUGCUGACGUGUAUCUACUCAUUCAAAACGCCGGCUUUCUUACGCGACGUUAUCAAGUUCAUCGCUCUGUCCUCCCUUUCUUGUUCUCAUCACCUGCCUGCUCUCAUUCUCGAUGCCUUUCAAUCUGACAGUCGCCAACCCACGAGGAACCGGAAGCGUGAAGCUCGUAUGCGAAUUCGAAAGGCUUCCCAAAGGCAACGUUGUUGUUCCGAACGGGCUGCAUUUCAAAGAGUAUGUUCGCAACUCGGAGGUGCCCGAGAGGUGGGCAACUUCCGUGAUCGUUAGGAGUCACCGGACUGCGACUGCCGAGCAGAGACGGAAUGCGAGGAUUGUCUUUCAACACCUCAUGACAAAGGACUAUUCGGCGAGAGCGUGUAGCAAUCAGGGGUCUGUGUAUUUGCGGACGCCUCCCAUUGAUGAGCUGGAUGCUAGUGGAAGAGUGAGGAUACUAUGUUGCUUUAGGCAGCCUCUAAAGCAAGUGGAUUCGUGUGGUUCUUCUGGUGAAUCAUCCCAUCAAAGCAGUGAUGACAAAGAAAUGUCACCAGACGCAGAUAAUUCAAUACUUUCUAUGUGCCAGACGUCAGAGGUGGGUAGUUGGUGGGGAAAGGUCAGCUCCACGUCAUUGCCCGUUGACCCAAGGAGAGCAAGAAGUCCAGCAACAGUGUCGACAUUGUUCCAACAAUCUAAAUUGAGAGAUGGAAGCAAAGUGACCAGUGAAAGAGUCAUGAAUGUGCAAUGCUCUAGAUGUGGAACGCAGCACGUUUCAAUCGAAGAAGAGAAAUGUUGCAUACGAUCAUGCAGCCACCACCUCGAUCCUAACUCCAGACAUUAUAUUAGUAAAAAGCAGCAUAUAGAUGGCUUGAAGACUAAAUUGGACGAUGUGAGGACCAUAAGAAUCUUUGAGAGCCGAUCAAGGCAGAGAAUGAAGAAAACUGCGUCAUCUGGUUGGGUGAGAAAAGCGAAGACAAAUGGUGCUGAGAAGCAGCACGGUAAGAAGAACAGACGUCGAGCAAUACCUGCUGUACAUGAUGUCAAACUAUCCUGGUCUUCAAUGACAGGUGCACACAGUGACACUUUAGUUGAUGGAGAAGCUGAGAUCAAGGGGCUGGAAAGUAGUCAAUGUCAUGGCGUAGAGUAUGCCCCACAUCUGCACAGUUACAAUGACAACUACACAAGUGGACAAAGUCUUGACUUUGAAGUGAAGAACAUCCGACGAGAUAAAAGACUACGAAAGGCUAGACGUAAACAAGGAAUCACAGAACGAGGUUACACACUGACUACGCGUGAAGAGAGAGUUCUAAAACGGAGCAUAAAGAGGGAACGGAGCAUAAAGAGGGAACGAAGUGAACGGAGUGUAGCUAGAAGGCUCGGUGCUAAAAUUGGAUAUUGCAGUUCGGAGUUCAUCCCCACUGAAUGGGACAGUCUAGAAACAGACAUUGCAACCGAUGAGAACGAGGCUGGAGCGUACAUGUCGUAUCUGUGGACACAGCCAACUUCGAGUAACAGGCCCAAGACAUCAAAUCACAGGACUCUUUGCACCGGGUUUGACCUCGACGAGAUCACGAACAUAAACGAUGUGUUUUAACUCUUAGUUAACAGUAAGGAAAACUGUCAUCGAUUUGUGUUGUAACUUAUUUCAAGAGCAAUAACUUGUUGAGUUCUUGG